AUGGCGGCCCCCAAAAUGGCAGCGAAGAUGGGGCUCAAAGGGGGAGCCAAGGAAGAGGAGCGGCCGCCAAUCGACUUUGACAAGAUCGACGGUGAGAAGGUUGUCGAGAGGCCGAUGUUCAAGCUUGGCUUUGCGUCCGAUGCUGUCAUCCGGAACAUGGAAGCAAAGCGGGCUGACAAGGACCUGAAGAUCUACGACUCUGCAACCCGGUUGGAUGCCGUGGUGGCCAAGAGUGGCUUCGUCAACUUCAAGGUCACAGCCCCCAAGCUUCCCUCGAUCCAGGACAAGUAUGCACGCCGAACGAGCACGUCGACCUUAGCCUCCACCGUGGCUUCGCCGGCAGCGGAUGCCUCACCGACUAGCUCUCUUCAGUUCGGCUCGACCAUGGGCAGCUCCUUCUCCGACUUCCGUAAAAAUGCGAAGUUCAGCCGAAAUCUCAAAAGCGGCCUUGACGAUGCGGGGAAUCGCAUGAAGCGGGCGGACCAGUAUUUCCAGCUGCUGAUGAGGGCAAAGCAGAAGAAGGAUGAUUCUGACAGGAAGGCAGCUGAGGCGGAGGAGUGGCGUCGUUGCGAGGGUGCGGCGCGCGUGGCCUUCGAGAAAGCCAUUGGCGUGGUAAAGGAGCGUGACAACAACUCGGAGAUGACCACCGACUCGGAAGCGGAAGAGUCCCAGGAGGAGGAAGAUUUCGGUGAGCUGACAGCCUACGACGGGCAGAUGAAGAUCGAGAUCGAUUUCGUCAUUGUCAAGCCUCACGUGGACGAGGACAAGGAGGAGGAUCUCUACCCACCACCCGGGCUCACCUUGGAUGACCUCGAGGGCGAUGACCUGCCUCUGCCUGUCGGGGAGGGAUCGGAGGCUGGGGACAGCGACGAGGCUCCUUCCACGCCGCCGCUGGACUUCUCCGAUGACAUGGCCGAGCUCACCGUGGAGCUCAAGAAAGCCGGAAAGCUCGACGAGCAGCCCAAGGGCAUCGCCGCGAGGGAGGCAGCCGAAGUGGCGGCGAGGCAAGGUGUUGCAGACGAGAAGCGGAUGCCAAAUAUUUGGAACAAUCCUUUUCCCGAAUGGUCUCUGGAGACUGGUGGCUCCAUGUUCUUUAUUCCGGACGCCGAGCGGUAUGCCUGGUCUCCCUCUCUUCCACCGCCACCGCCACCUUCGAUGCUGGGUCGACGGCGCAUCCGCCUGAAGCCACGCUUGCCUCUCACUUUGUCCAACCACCGCUACAAAGACGAGCACCCCAACAUCUGGCCGCCGGACCAAUUUAGCCCGGGCCAGGAUCAUUACAAGUCGUUUGAGCAGAAGUUGCUCACCUACGACCUCUACAAAGGUUGCGUGGAGUCCCUGGCGAAAAUGCCUCGACAGGAGUUUGCCAAGGACGAUUACCGACAUCGACUCAAGUUCGGCAGCUUCAUGGAGUCCGCUUUGCGGGGCUCCGUGGCCUGGCGAAACUGGCGGCGCCGCGAGAGCCGGAAGCGCAAAACCGAGGAGCAGAGGAAGCAGAAGGAGAGGGAAGCAGAGGCCCGCCGGAAGCUGGAAAAGGAGCGGAAGCAGAAGUUGGCAGAAGAAGCACUUCGCUUGGCGCAAGAUGAUGAUGACUGA